AUGCAUAACCUUGAGAAGUACUCGGCAUCCUUUGCCUUCUUUGAAGGGCUCUGGGAAGCCGGUGUGACGCAUGUCUUCGUCAACUUGGGGUCGGACCAUCCGGCCAUCAUGGAGGCCCUGGCUCACGGUGCUUACCUUAAAGGCGUCAAAUUCCCCAGGGUCAUCACAUGCCCCCAUGAGAUGGUCGCCAUGAACAUGGCCGACGGCUUCGCGAGAGUGACGGGGAAGCCCCAAUGUGUCCUGGUUCACGUGGAUGUCGGAACGCAGAACCUGGGGUGCGCAAUGCACAACGCUUCUGUGGGACGGUGUCCGGUCCUGGUCUUUGCCGGCCUGUCUCCCUUCACGCUGGAAGGUGAGAUGCGCGGUUCCCGGACGGAGUAUAUCCACUGGUUGCAAGAUGCACCGGAUCAGAAACAGAUCGUCUCUCAGUUCUGCCGGUUCAGUGGGGAAUUCAAGACGGGCAAGAACAUCAAACAGGUCUUGAACCGCGCGCUCCAGUUUGCCACUAGCGACCCCAAAGGCCCGGCAUACAUCGUCGGUGCCCGCGAAGUGAUGGAGGAGGAAAUCGAACCGUAUCAUCUGGAUCAGGAAGUCUGGGACAACAUCUCACCUACAGGACUGCCGCCCCAAGCACUGGAGACGAUAGUAUCUCUUUUGGCCGAAGCGAAGAAUCCUCUUAUCAUUGCAGGAUAUACGGGUCGUAACCAUGCGACCGUUCCGGAGCUGGUCAAGCUUGCAGAGGCGAUUCCCGGCGUUCAGGUUCUAGACGGCCUUGGAAGCGAUGUUUGCUUCCCUUGGAGCCACCGAGCUUUCCUCGGGGUCGGAAUCGGCCGCCACGAGUCCAUCAAACAGGCUGAUGCGAUCCUAGUGAUCGACUGCGAUGUCCCGUGGAUCCCCACCCAGUGCAAGCCUCGCGCUGAUGCCAAGAUCAUCCAUGUGGAUGUAGAUCCCCUGAAGCAGAAUAUGCCACUGCACUACAUCCCAGCCUUCCGGAGGUAUCGUGCAGACUCGGAAACCGCUCUCCUCCAGUUGAACGCUUAUAUCGCCACGCAUCCUCGUUUCUCAAAACUUGCCGAGAUUGAGCCUUACCGCCAGCGGUGGAUAGACCUCGAGAAAUCCCACCAAGCCAUCAUCGACAAAGCUGCCAAGCUCGCAGAGACACCUGCCGAUCGAUCUUCGUCACCGAGCACAUCGUAUCUGUGCUCUCAGAUCCGCCAGGCCUGCCCUCAGGAUACGAUCUAUUGUCUGGAGGCCGUGACGAAUGCGCCAUUCAUCUACGAGCAGCUCCAGGUUGAUCAACCAGGCCACCUGCUCAACUGCGGAGGCGGUGGUCUCGGCUGGUCGGCCGGUGCAUCGCUUGGUGUCAAACUUGCCAGCGACUUCCAGGCCGGCGGCGCUGGCAAAGGAAAGUUCGUCACUCUCAUUGUCGGUGACGGUACAUACCUGUUCGGGGUACCCGGGACGGUGUACUGGGUCGCCAGGAGAUACGGUCUGCCAACUCUGACUGUAGUCCUGAGCAACAAGGGCUGGAAUGCGCCUCGCAACUCGUUGACUCUGGUACACCCAGACGGGUACGGGUCAAAGAUCUCUAAUGAGGAACUCAACAUAUCUUUCGACCCGACGCCAAACUUUGCAGGCAUAGGCAGGGAGGCGUCUGGAGGAAAGGCUUGGGCUGGGGUGGUCUCGACAGUAGAUGAUCUCGCUCGCAUGUUACCUGAGGCGAUCUCUCAAGUUCAGGCUGGCGUCUCUGCGAUUCUUGAGUGCUUAUUGACCAACGGGGCGGAGGUCAAGGCAGUGGAUGAGAACGGCCGAUCGUCCUGUCCACUCGCUGCCCAAAAUGGGCACAUCCAAACCGUGGAGUCUCUUAAGGCUACAAGGACUGCCGAUUUUGGCAUCAGAGAUCUCGAAGCCUACAGGGCGGCACAGGUGGCCAUGAACAACGGCCAUUCUGACAUACUCGAGCUGACAAUUCAAGGGACUGAGCUCGCGGAUGAGUGGCGUGACAAUCUACGCAGCUACUUGAGCAAGUCCAUUCAAAGGGGUGACGUGGCGACUUCAGCGCUACUCCUAGACAAUUGUUCCUCUGAUGGCCACAACCCAUGGCACGGGUUGUUCGAAUCACUUCUAAAGUACCUUGAGAGCACUCAAAAACGUCUCGAUAAGCUGAAGUACUGCAAGAUGAUUUUGGAGCAAUUUCUGAAAAACCUCUGGAGCUUUGCCGAGGUUCCUUGGAGUGGCUGA